AUGCUAGAGGCCAGGUCAAGUGCUCCCAGUCGGGGUCACAGUCCCCACUACUUGUUGGCGCCUGAUACGCAUCUUAGUACGCCUCCAAACGCACAACUUCACGAUUUUACAGAUGGACCAGAGAUAUCCGUGGACCUACCGAAAGAGGAAGAGUAUAUUCUAUGGAAGAAUUGGCUUGAGGAGAUUGCACCCUGGUUGGACAAAUUCGACAACCAAUGUCAUUUCCAAAACACGCUUCCAAUCAUGGCACGAUCCCAAGACCACCUCCGGUACGCCAUUUUAGCAUUAUCCGCACGACAGCUUGAGCGGAAAGACCCGACAUUGCCCACUGAACGCAGUCUAAUGCUGUACCAUCAAGCUAUACACCUUCUCCUUCCGAAACUUCCCUCUCGGAGCACCCCCGUGAUCGCUUCGUGCGUGGUGCUCUGCGUGCUGGAAAUGCUAAGCUGCGCCCCGAAAGCCUGGAGUCGACAUCUCGAUGGUUGUGCAGGCCUGAUGGAAGCAGUUGGGAUCAACGGGAUUGUCGGCGGUGUCGAGCAAGCGCUAUUCUGGUGCUUUGCCCGUAUGGACGUAUGCGGGGGUUUGAUCUCCUCCAUCAAGACCCUCAUACCAGUCCACCACUGGGUGCCUGGAAUCGACCUCGACACAGAUAUUGGUCUUUUCCACUCUGCAUCCGCAUUUGAUACCUACGCGAACCAAGCUGUCUACCUCUGCGCCCAAGCCCUGGAUAUCCUCGCUCCAUCGUACCCCUUCGGCCGCAUAUCAAGUUUCCGAGGCAGAGGCAGCAGUCUGCCCGACAGAACCUUCACGGAGCGAUGGUUGGCGCUCUCGAAAUACGUGGAGAACUGGCAUACCCAACGCCCCGACGAAAUGAAACCCGUCAUGCACAUGCCUUCAUCACCUACCAGUCCCUUUCCCACCAUUCUCUUCGCCAACCCAGCCGCUAUAUCCGGUAACCAGCUGUACCAUACCGCUUCAAUGUUGAUGUUACAGGCCCGGCCGCUUGGGAUACGUCUGGAUCCGAAGCCGCAGUCGAUGCUGUGGCACGCGCGGCAAGUGUGUGGCAUUUCCAUGAGUAAUGAUCGCCAUGGGGCGUGGACAAACUCAAUACAGCCGUUGUGGAUUGCGGGACAGUGGAUGAGCCAUGAAAGUGAACAUCGGGUGAUUCUGGAGUUAUUGGAAAGGAUUGAGAAGGAGAGUGGGUGGCCGACGCAGUGGCGGGCAGAGGAUUUGAAGGAGUUUUGGGGGGAUGAUUAG